AUGGGGCGCAGUCGAACUUUGACCCCACCUCCCCAAACCCCCAAAUUUUUCAUCCACCACUACAACUCCAACCAUUCGACACUAAGAAAAGUAGAAUAUUCAUCGGGCAGAAGCCAUGUACACCAUACCUGUCAUAUUGGUACUAAUGACCUUGACCUUCCAUCGGUCUUCCUGUCAACAACAGGCGGAAAAGAUCGAGAUGGCUGUCGAGGGUAUGUGGAUUUGGUGCUGGUCGUGGACUCGUCUGCCUUCACACGUUACGUAACACCACGUGGAAGGCCAAUAUGGCACCCAGGUAUCGCUGUGUUUGUAAACAGUCUUCUCCGAGUUCUUCAGGUAAGUCCAGCUUCCUUCCGAGUAGCUGCCAUAUUGUACAGCACAGGAAUUGAUGACAUCAUGCCUUUCAGUGUACAUCAAGUAUAUACCCUUCACGCUUUCGGCUUUCUCCGUCCCGGAUUUGGUAUAUCCUCAACAGCAAAGGGUUUGUCGGAGAUGAGGAAAAUGCUGACUUAUUACAGUCGUCCUGGUGCCGCAAAACGUGCUGUCCUGCUCAGCGCAUUCCAUUCAAACGACCACCAGGCGGCGCUGGCAGAGGCGAACCUUGCCCGGUCAACUGGCAUUGACAUCCUCUCGGUAGGGUUCGGACCUUUCCGGGACAUUAAUGAAUUGAUGGAAAUCAGCCCCGGAUGGGUAUUAGAAGUUCCUGAUGCUGGUAUGCUUUAUGCUCUCGUUGGAAGGGUAGCUGCACGAUUGUGUAAAGAUUCCGUGGAUGGGGGCUGGUCCUCCUGGCUCAGUUGGACUCCGUGUACAAGAAGCUGUGAUGGCGGUGUAUCUAGAAGAUUUCGGUUUUGUAACAAUCCAUUGCCUCAAUAUGGCGGCUCUUUUUGUCCUGGAGUGCCCGACAUCAGGAGGGAAUGUAACGCACAGCCAUGUCUAUUUGAAUCAACAUGGAAUAGUUGGUUGCCUUGGGAACCAUGUUCCGUGACGUGUGGACGAGGUGUUAAACAGCGCCGCCGGAAGUGUGCUGACGUAACCCCUGGAGUAAAAGGGCGUUGCCUCGGACCAGGGAUGGAUACAGACAUGUGUGACACUUUAAUCCAGUGUCAAGAAUGCAGCAAAUGUACGCCGGGUUCAGGAGGUCAACGAUAUGCUGGGUGUGCACACGACUGCACUAAGUAUGUCCAGUGUCCAGCACCAGGCUACGAAGCUCUGCAAAAGGUCUGUCCGCACGGUCUACUGUGGAGUAACCGAAACCAAAAAUGUGUCCAGCCAUCCGACUCUGAAUGUGAUGUGUGCUCGGGGAAGAUGAGUGACAGUGAAGUUUGGUAUUCGUGUAGGGAAUACUGGAAAUGUGGAAAUGAUAGGAGCCAGCUCCAACUUAGCUGUUGUCCAGAAGGAUUCCUCUUUGUCGCUGGUCUUGGGUGUAUGAAAGAUGUCGACAACUCCUGCAAGGAACAAUGUUAUUCACAGCCGUCUUUGGAUUUUCGAGUGACAAACUGUACGUCUCGCUCUUCCCCUUUGGGACCAUACUGGUAUGAAGAUAUCACAUCGGACUUCCGCAAGACCCGCGCAUGCCCUGUCGGUACUCAGUUCUCACCGGAAGUGUGUCAGUGUGUAACGUCAUAUGACGUUUCACCCGCCAUAUCAUUCAACAGAGGGUGCCUCACAAGUGUUAACAUGGCGUUCCGGUCACGUGACAAGGACAUAGAAAACACUCCAUCAAAAGUCCGCUACAAGAAUGUCGUGUACAUCAACAACGAGAGUGCCAUGUUUGGACAGGACAGUAGUAUCUCAUUCUGGUUCUUUUCAAACGCAGACAUGGGGGAGAUGAUAUUCCUGCACGUGCGCAUCCUCCCGGAACUUACAGCGCCCCCUCAAGCCAUUCUGCAUAACGGAGGAUGCGAGACCCACUCCAAUCCCUCUCUAUUAGUCGGCAUUGAUAUGGCCGACAGCGAAUCCGAGGUUGUGUACAUAUUUGGUAUUACAGUAGAAGAAACAGCACAGAUGGCUUUCUUAAAUAUAACCGUGAAGCGUAGCCCAGAGUAUUAUGAUCUGCUACUUCGUUUCGAUGGCACAACUUUGGACGUGGAAGUCAACGGGAAGAUGGCCGAAAUGAAACUCAAGCAAAAAGGGAAAAUAUCUCGAAGUCGCGGUGCCUUACAACUUGGCGGGAAAGCGUGCAGUAUAGGAUACAAUGCUUUCUCUGGACUUGUUGACAUGAUUGAGGUUACAACAUGUGGCAAAGAGUAG